CGUGGACACGCGCCGCCGCCGCCGCCGGGCCGGGCCGGGUGUCGCGCGCCGAGGCUGGGGGGGAGUCGUCGCCGCCGCCGCCACCGCUACCGCCGCCGCCGCCGCCGCCGAGGUGACUGAGGAGAGAGGCGCCUCCUCGCUCCCGCCCCCUCCGGACUUCAAUGCCCAGUCCCCAGCUCGCCAGCGUUUUUCGUUGGAAUAUACGUUGCACAUUUAUGGCGAUUCUGAGCGUGAGGGCAGACUUCUGCCAGGCUCAGCACAGCGUUUUCGCUGACAAGUGAGCUUGGGGCUUCUAUGUGCCAUAAUUAACAUUGCCUUGAAGACUCUGGAUACCAAGACUGGCCUCAGAAAUAAUUGUCUUUUUUUUUUUUAAUUGCAAACAUUUUCUUUUUAAUGACUCCAGUAAAAUUAAGCAUCAAGUAAACAAAAGUGGAAAACGACCUACACUUUUAACUUGUCUCACUAGUGCCUAAAUGUAGUAAAGGCUGCUUACGUUUUGUAUGUAGUUGGAGUUUUUUGGAGUCUGAAGGUAUCCAUCUGCAGACAUUGAGGCCUAAUUUGAAUUUGGAUUCAAGUGGAUUCUAAAUACUUUUGCUUAUCUUGAAGAGAAGCCUCGUAAAGAAUAAACAAGUUGAAUAGAUAAAAUAUUGAUUGAUGUUAGGCAUUUUAGUGGUCUUUUUAAUGUUUUCUGCUGUGAAACAUUUCAAGAUUUGUUGAUUUUUUUCCCCCCAUUUUCCCCAUCGCACACUUCACACGCACGCUCACACUUUUUAUUUGCCAUAAUGAACCGUCCAGCCCCUGUGGAGAUCUCCUAUGAGAACAUGCGUUUUCUGAUAACUCAUAACCCUACCAAUGCUACUCUCAACAAAUUCACAGAGGAACUCAAGAAGUAUGGAGUGACAACUUUGGUUCGAGUUUGUGAUGCUACGUAUGAUAAAGCUCCAGUUGAAAAAGAAGGAAUCCAUGUUCUAGAUUGGCCAUUUGAUGAUGGAGCUCCACCCCCUAAUCAGAUAGUAGAUGAUUGGCUGAACCUGUUAAAAACCAAAUUUCGUGAAGAGCCAGGUUGCUGUGUAGCAGUGCAUUGUGUUGCAGGAUUGGGAAGGGCACCUGUGUUGGUUGCACUUGCUUUGAUUGAAUGUGGAAUGAAGUAUGAAGAUGCAGUUCAGUUUAUAAGACAAAAAAGAAGAGGAGCAUUCAAUUCCAAACAGCUGCUUUACUUGGAGAAAUACCGACCUAAGAUGCGAUUACGCUUCAGAGAUACCAAUGGGCAUUGCUGUGUUCAGUAGGAAGAAACAGACGAAGGCUUACUUGAUUGUGGCAUUUAGAGGGGACUCUUGCUACCUGGAAAUGUGAAUCUGAAAUCUUACCUGUGUCAUCAAAGUAGUGAUGAUGGAUUCAGUACUCCUCAACCACUCCUAAUGAUCGGAAAAAAGCAAACAAAAUAGAAAUCCUAUAAUAACAUAAAUAAAAUGUUUAAGAAAAGAAAAAGACAAAGAAAAGGGAUUAAUUCAGUGAAGGGUGAUUUGCUCCUAAUUUCGGAGUUUUAAUUUCAGCCAGAAUUGAAUUAUUUCAAAAUCUCUUGUCUUUUUUUAACAUUUUCAAAAAUAGAUCUCUAAAGAAAACCAGCAAAAUAUUAGCCUUUGCAUAUCCAUCUGUUUGGAGGAGUACAUUCUUCCACUGUGCUCGGCACAUAGAUCUCUCUGUGGUGGGUUUUUUUUUUUAGGGGGAAGUAAGAUAUAUUAUCUCCUUCUCUCCUUUCUCCUGUCCUCUCCCUUCCCUGAUACAUUGUAGAUGGAAUAGGAGAAGCCCUUGUUGCUGUAGAUUUGCGUGCAGUCUGGCAGCCUUAAGCCCACCUGGGCACUUUUAGAAAAAAACAAAAACACCAAAAAAAAAAAAAAAAAAAGCAAUGGCAUAUAUAUAUAUAUAUAUAUAUAUAUAUUAUAUUAUAUGAUCCAGGUGGUUUUUAGUCUUUAUUGAUGAUGGGGUGUUCAUGUUACUUUCUUUUCUUCAAAGCUUUGAUCUAACAUGAGGCAAAGUAGCCAGCACCUUUUGUUUUGGUAAAUUAGUGGGGGAAUGGCAUUUGAAGCUGAGUCUUUCUCCUAAGGAGCUGAGCUAAGAGUAGAGUUUUCUUUCCCAGUGAAUAAAGCUAACAGUGGGUAUUGCAGAAACUUGUUUUCUGAAGAGGAUGACUCUAAGCCGUCAUUAAAGAUAUAUCCAGGCAGAGAAUUAGCACACUGUCUACAGACCAUCCAACCGUGGGCUAUAGCACUGCUAUGAUUUUCUGUCUUAGGAUGUCAGAGAAUUCUGGUAGCUUAAAAUUUUUAUUUUAGAAAUUUUUGUAUUCUGAAUUUUCAGAAACGGUCAAAGGAGCAACAGCAAAUUUGUAUUUUGUUCUUGAGAAAUGUCUGUGGGGGUUAUUUCCAGACUUUUCUCUAUAUGCACAGUUCAAUCUAACCAGAUUGCCUUGUUAUUUUUCUUAUUAGAUUCUUUUUGAGAUUUUAAAAAAAAAUCACUGGUUCAGAAUCAAUGCCUGGUGUGUAAGUAUCCACAGCCUGUAAUAGGGUAGAAGAGAGGCCUCAAGUAACGCAUUGAGUAGCAAAGGGACCUAGUGUUUAUGAAAUGGUGUAGUAGAAUUUUUUCUUGAAAAGUCCCUGCUGGAUUCAAUGUGUUGAUCUAGAAGAGCUGUUUAGGUCCUUAUUUGUGGAAGGCAGUUAUAACAAGAGUGUAUUGACAGCAAACCGAGAAUCACCUUCAGAGUUUAAAAGCACUCUCUUCACUUAACUAUUAUACACUUAAUAGUGCCCUCCUUCAGAGGUUCUGAAUACAGGCUUAGAGUCAUCUUGUCCUGCUGGAAAUUCUGCAGAACCAAAGGGUCCCAUUUUGUAAGCAUUAUUUGGACCCAUAAGAAUGGACUGGGACCUUGUCUCACAUUGUGAUGAUACCUCAGACGUUGGCCGGCUUUGUGAACUGCCUAUUUCCUAUUGCGGGAGUUCAUUUGAUUUUUUAACUAAAUGCAAAUCUGUAGAUUCUCUCCUUCCUCGUCCCAGGAAGAAAAACAAAAUAAUGCUUUUUGACAUUGUUUCUAGAAUUUUAAAGUAAAAAAUGAUGGUACUAUCCAAAAUAUUUUUUUCUGAAUGUGACAGUAGAUUUCUUUACCGUAGAGUCAAGAUCAAAACAGCAUACCCUCUAAUUUCAGGUAGGCUGUUGACUCCAAGGGUUUUGCUCAACACCAUCGCAAACCUUUUCUAUUUGACAUGCUCUGAAUUUUGUUCUUUGGAGGAGGUAUAUGUGCGUGCGUGUGUGCAUGUGUGUGCGCACGUGCGCAUGCAUGUGUGUGUGGGUCAUAGUGUCACAUCAGUAUCCAUGCCUGCCUGAGUUGAAUUACAUUCCUGGUUCUGUGUGAGGAGUGUGUAGAAAGCAACAUGAAACAUUAGCCAUCAUUUUGUCUUAAAUUACAGACUAAUGUUAAUUGUCCUCAGAACUGGAUUUUUUCCCUAAAAAUUAGAGCAAUUUUUUUCUUUUGGUUUAAAUGAAGUAUUGUUAGCUGGAGCCAGUUUGACAUGGUAAGAGAGAUGUCAGACUGAUGAAAGGUGUGCAGCCUGAUUUAAAACCAAACCCUGAAUCCUUUUAAAGAACAAUAAAACAUAUUUUACACGC